GCAUGCAAUCCAAUUUACAAAGUGCGUCCCUCCUACUCGUUGCUAGUCGGGGGUUUGCAGAGGGAGGAGGAGGAGGAGGGGGUUGCUGGAUUACCAGCGCUCUUCUGUCACGCCAUUCAAAGCCCCCCCCUCAUGUUUCCACCCACCUCCACAUUGACUCAAGUCCAUUAGCGGAUAACUCCUCCUAGCGUAGUCACGAUAUUCAGCAUCGCAGCGCCCAAGUGGGAGGGCAUCCAGAAGCCGGAGCGGCCGACCCGGCGCCCCCUCUCGCCCCGGCUCUUACUUCUGCCUACCCUCGGCCAUGUGGUGGGUCGUCCUGGUGCUUCUGUCUUGCCAGGACAGGGAGCUGGCGCUCGGCGCCGGGGUGGGCCCCUCUCCAGGGCGGCGCUCGGAGGAGAGCGGCGGGCCGCCGGGCGCCGAGCCAUCGAUGCGGGCGGAGAUCGGGCGUCCUCCGGAGGCGACCCGCAGAGCCAAAAGAGGCUUCACGUAUCCCGGGACCCUGUGGUGCGGCGCCGGAAACAUGGCCGAUCAUUACGAGCAACUGGGGGAGUACGAGGAGACGGACCGCUGCUGCCGCACGCACGACCACUGCCCCCACGUCAUCCACGCCUUCUCCUCCAAAUACGGACACACCAAUUUCAAGUGGCACUCCAUCUCUCACUGCGACUGCGACCAGGCGUUGAAAGGUUGCCUGCGGCGAGUGAACAACACCUCGUCCCGGGUGGUGGGGCAGGCCUUCUUCAACGUCAUCGGGGCGCCUUGCUUUGAGCUGGUCUACGAGGAGCGCUGCGCCGAACGCCGCUGGUACGGAGCGUGCAAACGUUACGACGAGCGGGCGGUCGCGGCGGUGAAGGAGGCGGUCCCUUACGACUACGGCGGCAUCGCCGACAUUGACGUACUGACCCGGGCGCCCCCCGAAAGGAAGCGCGACACCCAGCGGGAGACCCCAACGCAAGCCACCCUGUCCGGGCCCGAGGAACCGUCCCUCAGAAACACGGCCGCCACCGCCGCCGACUCCGACAAAGAGUCGCGAAGCUCGGAUGGUAAGAGGGCCAAAAAGAAAGACGGAGCAGAGAAGAAGACCAAAAAGAGAAACGGGCAGAAAAGGCGACAGAAAGUUGUUCGCGUUAAAGGAAUAGCAACGCUUUUAGCUUCGGGUGGCAACGAAGCAGUCGAAAAGGUUCCUUCUGGCAACUCCAUCGGCGACCAGACGGUCGCCCGAAGACCGAGUGACGGUCAGUCCGCUCGGAGUUGCGACGACGUCCUGAAGGAUGAAGCGCUGAUGGAGACUGCCGAGUCGCCCGGGACUGCAGGACGAACCGCUUGCCCGCCCAAAAGCGGAGGACCGAGGACCGGCCGGGGACAGGAGAAAGUACCUGCGGCCGCCCCGAAGGAGAUUCCCCGACCUGCGCUCCAGUCGGCGAGCAACCUCAGCGCCGCCCUCGCGUCACACCCCGAACAACGCCCCCGCGAGGAGAUCCCGCCACCCGCAGUCAAGUCCGCCGACAUCUCCGGCGUGGAGUCUCCGCGGACGGCAGGAGAAGCCGGACCUCCAGCCGGACCUGGGCCAAAAACGGGACUGCCCAGGAAAGGGAACGCACGCGGGAUCCCUCCACCCACGGUCGAUUCCGCCAAAAGCCUCCCCGUCAUCGCAACGUUCCAACAAGGGCACCCUGGUAAGGAGACCCGGCCACCCGCCGUCCGAUCCGCCUGGAACCUUGCCGCAUCCCCUCAGACGGCGGGAAAAUCCAGUCGUCCUGCUGGCUCGCUGUCAAAACGCAAGCCAGCGAGGAAGGGGAGGCUUCCUGCCACUUUGCCUGAGGAGGCCCCUCAGCUUGCGCUCCACUCCACCAAGAACCGCAGUGCCACAAAGCAGACCCCCCAGCGCAAACAGGUCCCUCAACCCGCGGGAGAUUUCCUGAAGAGACAAAUGUCCGAGCGGAGCGCUCAGAGGAUGAAAGCGGCUUCUGAAAGUAGUGGGCCCUUGACAAGCGCCGCCGCCGCCGACCCCGCUCGGAGAAGCGAGCCCCAGAAGCUCGGGAGGAACGCGGCGGCGUCCGCUAACGCCCGCCGCGGAUUUGAGACCUCGGAAUUCCCCGCUUUGACAUCCGCAGCCGAGGAGAGAGCGGAAAAACGGCGAGCCGGACCGGGCUGGGUGUCCGCCGCCCGUCUCGCCAGCGCCGUGCGGCGCUCGAUGGAGAGAGCCGAAGAGCAGUUUGCCUGGAAGAAGAGCCGAAAAGCAUCGGACCGCGUUGCGCAGCCCGCAAAUGGACGGCGACUCGUCAGACGUGAGCCGAGCGGGAGGAAAAGGAAACCAUAAGUCGCCUCCAUCUGGGGGGGUUUCUUUCCUUUGGGUGCUAACGCUCAUCAAUCAAUAAAAGAAUAUCCAAGCCCUCCCACUGAGCAAUGAAAA